CGCUUGUUCGCUCACUCUCAGUGAAAAGAGUUUUGAAAUGAGUUCUGAAUAGACAGCAUUUUCUUUGUGCGGUUGGUAAAUAACACAGAGCAAAGUUAGCAAGUUGCAGCGCUUCUGCAUUCUGAUUCUAUGGAACCUUUUUGUAGGGAGAAGGGCAGGAUGUUUUUAACAGAAUGUGACCUCACUGGAAUACUAGAGAAAGUAAUAAAAUUUCUGAAUGGGGCGGUGUGGAGAAAUCCUAAGAGAAAUAGCAUAAGAGCAUUUUGGAAUAUAUCCCGGAAAAGAUAACUGUCUACACAUCUGUAGAGAUUCACCAGGUAAAGUAGCAAUGGAAACUCUCCAGUUCAAAUCCCAUAGAUAUUAGAGAAGAUGGAUGCAGAGGCUGAAGAUAAGAUGCUGUGUGCCCGCUCUAAAGGAACUAAGGUGCCAAUGGAUUCUCUAAUCCAGGAGCUCAGUGCUGCGUAUGAUUGCUCACUGGUGAAGAAAAGGAGAGCUGAAGAGCAGGCUUUGGGUGUUCCAGUCAACAAGAGAAAAUCCCUGUUAAUGAAGCCCCGACACUACAGCCCAAACACGGGCUGCAAUGAAGAACAUGACGCUAGGGUCGAGGCAGAGGAGGAUGGUGGUAUCCUGGAAACCGGCAAUCACCCUACCACAGAAGAAAUCAUGAUGAAACCUAUUGAUGAGACUCUUCAUUCAACUGCACAAGAAAACUCCAAUGGGAAGGAAGACAGAUAUGGCUGUUACCAAGAACUUGUGGUCAAAUCUUUAAUGAACUUGGGGAAAUUUGAAAAAAAUGCAUCUCUUCAGACCAUAAAUGAAAACUUAAAUGACAGUGGCAUCCAGUCUCUAAAAGCAGAGAGUGAUGAUGUAGAUGAAUGCUUUAUGAUUCAUUCUGAUGAUGGAAAAGACAAAAUCAAUGACUCCCAGCUAAGGUUUUGCUCCUCCGAUGACAAUGAAAGUAACUCUGAAAGUGCAGAGAAUGGUUGGGACAGUGGCUCCAACUUCUCAGAAGAAACCAAACCACAUAGAGUUGCAAAGUAUAUUUUAGUGGAUAGUAGAAAAGACCUAUUAGAAGUUCCCGAAAUAAAAACUGAGGAUGACAAAUUUAUCCCUUGUGAAAACAAAUGUGAUUCUGAACCAGAAAGGAGAGACCCACAGAAUGCUCACAUAGAACCACUGGAUGGCAAAACCCAGCCCUCAUUCUCUGAGAUUGAGGAAGAUGAUAACCAGUGCUUGGCAGCAAUGACAGAAGAGUCUGUUGACCUGGAGAAAGCCAAGGGGAACUUAAGUUUGCUGGAGCAGGCAAUUGCUCUGCAGGCUGAACGAGGUUGUGUUUUUCAUAACAACUACAAGGAGUUGGACAGGUUUCUACUGGAGCACUUAGCAGGGGAAAGGAGGCAAACCAAAGUUAUUGACAUGAGUGGAAGACAAAUCUUUAACAAUAAACAUUCACCAAGGCCUGAAAAGAGGGAGACCAAGUGCCCCAUCCCUGGGUGUGACGGCACGGGACAUGUGACAGGACUCUACCCCCACCACCGCAGCCUUUCAGGGUGCCCCCACAAGGUGCGGGUUCCCUUGGAAAUUCUUGCCAUGCACGAAAACGUGCUCAAGUGUCCCACCCCAGGAUGCACAGGAAGAGGGCAUGUGAACAGCAACCGCAACACCCACAGGAGUCUCUCUGGUUGUCCAAUUGCUGCAGCUGAAAAAUUGGCAAUGUCCCAGGACAAAAAUCAGCUCGAUUCUCCUCAAACUGGGCAGGGUCUUGACCAGGUUCACAGGACAAGCUUGGUAAAACAAAUUGAAUUUAAUUUCCGAUCACAAACCAUCACCUCUCCCAGAGCCUCAGCGUCAAAAGAACAAGAGAAAUUUGGAAAAGUACCAUUUGAUUAUGCCAGCUUCGAUGCCCAAGUUUUUGGUAAACGCCCCCUCGUACAAACAGGUCAAGGACAAAAACCACCGCCAUUUCCUGAAUCGAAGCAUUUUUCAAAUCCAGGGAAAUUUCCUAAUCGACUGCCUAGUGCAGGCGCCCACACACAGAGCCCUUGCCGUGCCAGCUCUUAUAGCUAUGGUCAAUGUAGUGAAGACACCCACAUAGCAGCAGCUGCUGCCAUCCUGAACCUUUCCACCCGCUGCAGGGAAGCUGCAGACAUCCUCUCCAACAAACCACAGAGCCUGCAUGCCAAGGGAGCCGAGAUAGAAGUGGAUGAAAAUGGCACAUUGGACUUAAGCAUGAAAAAAAAUCGAAUCCUGGACAAAGCUGCACCCCUAACUUCCUCUAACACUUCUAUUUCAACUCCUUCCUCUUCCCCAUUCAAAACAAGCAGCAUUUUGGUCAAUGCAGCAUUCUAUCAGGCUUUCUGUGACCAAGAGGGCUGGGAUACUCCUAUCAACUAUAGCAAAACUCAUGGGAAGACAGAGGAGGAGAAAGAGAAAGAUCCAGUGAGCUCUCUAGAAAAUUUAGAAGAAAAAAAAUUUCCUGGAGAGGCCUCCAUACCAAGCCCUAAACCCAAGCUCCAUGCAAGAGAUCUCAAAAAAGAACUAAUCACCUGUCCAACACCGGGAUGUGAUGGAAGUGGCCACGUCACAGGAAACUAUGCUUCCCACCGCAGUGUUUCUGGAUGUCCUUUAGCAGAUAAGACUCUUAAAUCCCUCAUGGCUGCUAACUCUCAGGAGCUAAAGUGUCCAACGCCAGGGUGUGAUGGUUCAGGGCAUGUGACUGGAAACUAUGCUUCCCACAGAAGUUUGUCCGGCUGCCCUCGUGCCAGGAAAGGUGGUGUCAAAAUGACUCCUACGAAGGAAGAAAAAGAAGACCCUGAACUAAAAUGUCCUGUGAUAGGUUGUGACGGUCAAGGUCACAUAUCAGGUAAAUACACAUCCCAUCGCACAGCUUCUGGCUGUCCCCUGGCUGCCAAGAGACAGAAGGAGAAUCCUCUCAAUGGGGCCCCCCUCUCCUGGAAACUGAACAAACAAGAACUACCACACUGUCCCUUGCCAGGAUGCAAUGGGCUGGGCCAUGUAAAUAAUGUUUUUGUCACCCACAGAAGCUUAUCUGGAUGUCCUCUAAAUGCACAAGCCAUCAAAAAGGGCAAGGUCUCAGAAGAACUAAUGACCAUCAAGCUAAAAGCAAGUGGAGGUAUAGAGAGUGAUGAAGAAAUUAGACAUUUGGAUGAAGAAAUAAAGGAACUGAAUGAAUCCAACCUUAAAAUUGAAGCAGAUAUGAUGAAACUUCAGACGCAGAUCACAUCUAUGGAGAGCAACUUAAAGACAAUAGAGGAGGAGAAUAAACUUAUAGAGCAGAACAACGAAAGCCUGCUAAGGGAGCUGGCGGGUCUAAGUCAAGCCCUCAUUUCAAGCCUCGCCGACAUCCAGCUCCCACAGAUGGGGCCUAUCAGUGAGCAGAAUUUUGAAGCAUAUGUAAAUACACUCACAGACAUGUACAGCAAUCUGGAACGGGACUAUUCCCCGGAAUGCAAAGCUCUACUAGAAAGUAUCAAACAGGCAGUGAAGGGCAUCCACGUGUAGGACCGCAGCACUGCCAGGCAACAGAAAUCACCAACAGCAGUAAAACCGAUGGAUCUGCUAGGGGCUCCCGUGCUACUAAGGCAUGUAGGUUGCCAUUUCGUAUUUACACUUGCAACAUUGCACUAAUUUUUUCCCCCAGCUGACAUAAAAAAGAAAGAAAAUCUAUGAUAGACUCAAAGUAAUGCUGUCAAAUAUUAGAUCUUAUUUAUUUUCAUAUGUUUUCCUUUUAUUUCUUCAUUGCACUCUUUUUUCUUUGUAAAGUAUAUGUAAAUUAAUGUGACAUUUUUAUAUUUUAUUUAUUUCUAAUCAAAGAGUUUUUUAUUUUUUAACUGCAUUUUGAAGUCUGCCAUAUUUUUACAAGUGUGUUUGUUUAUUUUGCAAUAGAAUUUAAAUAGAAAUGCUAUUCUCAAACACAUAUCUUUCUGGGUUUAAAUGAGAAAACAAAAAAGUAUGAAGGAAACCCUUGUCUAAGGACUGCACUAGGCUCCAGUUUGAUUUUGUUGCACACUUCUUUUCCCCCCCUUUCUCUGACGUUUGUGUGGGUCAGCCGGCCUGUGGUAAGGUGAGACGCAGAGAAGGAAGAGGAAGGUAAAUGGCGCCCACUAGUGGCGCAACGCGCUCUCACAGAAGCACAGUAUACUGGGAAAGCCUGCUCAGAAUUUGUUAGCAAUAAUUAAAUACAGCGAUUAGCAAAGUAUUGGACUUGGCUGUACCAUUUCGGUUUAUAUGAAUUAUUUAUUUGAAACGUUUUAAAGAAACAUAAGCCUUUUUAGUGAUGCAGAUUUGUCUGUUUGUUUUUCAAGUCAUAUCAGAUAGUCGGCAACCCUUCUUCCAAGAUAAGAAAUAAGAUUUGAUGUAACCAGCCAGGCUUUCCGGCCAUAUGUUGGUACAAUAUACAAGUGACGAUAUUGAUGUAGAUUUGUACUUAGCAAAUACAAACACAUCCAAAUGGAAAAUUCUGUAGAUACCAUAUCCCCUGAAAUAGCAUUUAUCUUACUGGGUUGACUGGAAAGGAAUGGAAAAUAUAGUAACACAUGAAAAAAUACUAUUUCUAUCUGAACACUGGUGACAUGGUCUUACCCUCUUUGGGCAACAAGACAACUUUCAAUUUGAUCCAAAUCUUUCUGUAGAACUACAAGCGCUACAAAGUAUACACACACAGGCACACACCCCAACAUACACACUCACAUACACUCACACAAACAUAAAAUUGAGCCUGCAAUCUUGAAUUUCUGAAUGGAUCACAGGUUAGUAGUUGCUAUAGUAAAGGCAAUGUCUAUUUCAGGGAUUGUAAAGUAGUUAAGCAUUGUUUCAAAAGUUUUUUUAUAUUUAUUUUUUUUAAAAAAAAGGUAUAGACAACCAGCUAAACUGCCUUUUUGGUGUGCACACACACCUCGUGUGCAAUGUGCCUCCGUGUAAAUGGACACUUGAACUUAGUGUGGGCUUAAUUUUCUGUUCUAUAACAAAAGUGUUUAUUUUUUAUUAGCCUCAUGGAUAUGUAGAUUGAAUGUGAUGGCACUCACAGGCUUGAUAUAUUCCACUGUUAUUACUGUUACCUGCACAAAUGAAAAGUAAUAUCGACAGUAAUUCUGCUUCCAUGCCACUGUGGUCAUUGUUAUGUAUUAAGUGGGGCUUAUCUUUGGUUUGGGGUUCAUUUGAACCCUUAUUUCUUAGUUUAGUGAAAAUGAGAUGUCUGUUCUUAGGUAGGAACGGUGUUUAUUUAAAAAUCAAUUUAAAAAGAAAAAGAGCUACCAUAUGUGCUGUCUAUUAUAAAUGGGACACCAAACAAAAUUUUCUAUUAAAGUUAUGUACUUGCAAACAUUUUGCUAUACGGUACUUGAUAGAUGCAUACAAAUGAGUUCACUUAUUACAAAGACAAACGUUUAAUUUGCUAAAUAUUUUAACAAGUUUGUUAUAUAUUUUAUUUAAUUUAAAAGAAAUCUCUUACCAACCUAUGUAUUUAUUAUUAUAAUUUACUAUGACUUCGGGUUAAUUUAUUUGUGUUUGUAUAGUUUGAGCAGGAUGUUUUGUGAAGUACGUUUGUAUUUAUUUGCCUCCUUUGUACUCGAUGUAUUUUGUAAUGUGCACUGAAUUACUUUCCUUUCAACUAUGUUAAUGAUUGAUACUGUAAAUUGGGUCUUUUGUAAACAACAAAAGGGCAAUGAUGUUUGCAUUUUUUUUUUAAUUUCAAGUAGUUUGUAUACUGUUUCUUCAAACAAUUAAUAUUUCUUAAUUCAAAGCAACAAAAUUGUGUUCAGUGCUGUACAUUGGUGUAUGGUAGGAAAUAAAAAUUGACAAUGAGUUUUG